GGCCGAGAGGGCGGGGUGAGAGUUGUGUGCCGUUGUUUUUCCUCACUCGCUGGUCCUGCCGCCGCCGCCGCCGCCGCCAUGGGGAAGCGACAGCACCAGAAGGACAAGAUGUACAUUACCUGUGCUGAAUACACUCACUUCUAUGGUGGCAAGAAACCAGAUAUCGCACAAACAGAUUUUCGUCGUCUACCUUUUGACCACUGCAGUCUCUCUCUACAGCCCUUUGUCUACCCGGUCUGCACCCCCGAAGGCGUCGUCUUUGACUUGCUGAACAUUGUCCCUUGGCUUAAGAAGUAUGGGACCAACCCCAGCAACGGAGAGAAACUGGACGGGAGGUCCCUGAUCAAGCUGAACUUUGCAAAGAACAGUGAAGGGAAGUACCACUGCCCUGUGCUGUUCACCGUCUUCACCAACAACAGCCACAUCGUGGCCAUCAGGACCACUGGCAACGUCUACGCCCACGAGGCGGUGGAGCAGCUAAACAUCAAGGCCAAGAACUUCCGAGACCUGCUGACCGACGAGCCCUUCUCCCGGCAGGACAUCAUCACGCUGCAGGAUCCCACCAGUUUGGACAAAUUCAAUGUCUCCAACUUCUUUCAUGUUAAGAAUAACAUGAAAAUAAUAGACCCAGAUGAAGAAAAGGCCAAGCAGGACCCAUCUUAUUAUUUGAAAAACACGAACACGGAGACCCGAGAGACGCUGCAGGAGCUCUACAAGGAGUUCAAAGGGGAUGAGGUGCUGGCAGCCACCAUGAAGGUCCCUGAGAAGACAAAGGUGGACAGGCUGAACGCUGCCCACUAUUCCACCGGGAAGGUCAGUGCCUCCUUCACCUCCACUGCCAUGGUUCCCGAGACCACGCAUGAAGCAGCCGCCAUUGAUGAGGACGUGCUGCGCUACCAGUUCGUAAAGAAGAAGGGCUACGUGCGGCUACACACCAACUUGGGCGACCUCAACCUGGAGCUGCACUGCGACCUGACGCCAAAAACCUGUGAGAACUUCAUCAAGCUUUGCAAGAAGCAGUACUACGAUGGCACCCUCUUCCACAGGUCCAUCCGCAACUUCGUGAUACAGGGGGGUGACCCCACGGGCACAGGCACAGGGGGGGAGUCGUACUGGGGAAAGCCCUUCCGAGACGAGUUCCGGCCCAACCUCUCGCACACGGGCCGCGGCGUCCUCAGCAUGGCCAACUCGGGGCCCAACACCAACAAGUCUCAGUUCGUUACACUUAACCUGCUCAUACCAGCUCUGCAUUGGGCUCUGCACUUCAUCACCUUCCGCUCCUGCGCUUACCUGGACAAGAAGCACACCAUCUUCGGGCGGGUUGUUGGAGGCUUUGACACACUGACGGCCAUGGAGAAUGUGGAGAGUGACCCCAAAACUGACCGCCCUAAGGAGGAGAUUCGCAUAGACUCCACCACAGUGUUUGUGGACCCCUACGAGGAAGCCGACGCCAAGAUUGCUGAGGAGCGGAAGAAGACGCGGCUGGAGGCAGCGGCCCUGGAGAGCGCAGCCAAGAACAGCCAGCCCCAGCAGGGGAGCCAGGGCCGCCAGACGUACCGCCAGGGGGUGGGCAAGUACAUCAGCCCGGUGGUCACGAAACGGGUAGCAGAGGAAGAACCCUCCACCAGUGCAGCUGUCCCCGUGGCCAAGAAAAAGCCCAGCCGAGGUUUUGGGGACUUCAGCUCGUGGUAGCAGCAGGCUGGCCGCUCUGGAUUCUGGAUGGCCUGGCCCUGUCUCCAUGUCUGCUCCUCUGCCUCAAUCAGGAGGGCGAAGCCAGCUGGCUCCCGCUGUUCCUGGCAAAGGGCG